AUGGAGAGGGAGCCAGAAGCCUUAGAAAUUUGCCCUUACGAUUCUCACCACCGCAUCCCACUCAGCAGAUUUCAAUACCACCUGGCAUCAUGCAGGGAAAAGAAUCCCAAGAAAGCCAAAAAGAUGGCCAGCUGCAAAUACAACGCCUGCCACGUGGUCCCCAUCAAAAAGCUGGAGGAGCACGAGACGACGUGUGUCAACAGAAGCCCAGGGAAGGAAAAGGACAGCUUGAGCCUUGUGAAAAUGAGCCGUCCGAGGCCAGAGCAGGAUGGAUGUGUCCUUCCAGCAUCUCCUUGGGUCCCCAAUCCUGAUGUCUGGAACGUUGACAGCAUGAACAGCCAUCCCAUGUUCGUCCUUAAGACUUUUGUUCCCCAAAAGCUGGUUUGUGAAAGCGACACAAGAGGGUCAGAGAGAGAGGACCACCCCCAUCCCUGA